UAUUUUCCAUCGUUCUUCCUCUUGUCAAAGUUCUCUCUAGUCUCUCUCGAACUUCCGGGAACGUCAAGCAAACUCUCUCUCCUCCCGUCGACUGUCUUCUCCGCCGCGAAGAACCCGCAAUUUCGCUGUAUCGUGUUACCGGCAAUGGCGAAAACAGUCUUCGCCGGAGCUCCGACGUCGCGGGAUAGUCGGCGAGAGUCUCAUCUGUUCUGUUCGCUUCUUUCUCCAUCUCCAGUAUGUUGUUCUUGUUGAUUUCUUCGCUUCCUGGUUGAUUACUGAAUGUUUCCUCAGAUCAUCGGAACCAGAACUUAAGCCAUAAACCUAGGAUUAUUUAGGUUUUGUUGGAGAAAUCCGGCUGCUCGUAAUCGGAACGAAGAGAGAUAUGGAAAAACGUGGAUGCUUGGUAUUCAUCUUCUUUGCUUGCUUGUUAGUCGUCUCAGAUGGAAGAGAGCCGAAGCCGAUGAAGUACAAGGCAAAGAGUUCAUCUGUUUACAACCACACCCUUGCCAUUAUCAUGGUUGAAUAUGCCUCUGCAGUUUAUAUUUCUGAUAUGACAGCUUUAUUUACGUGGACAUGCUCAAGAUGCAAUGGCUUCACUGAGGGGUUUGAAGUUGUGGAGUUGGUUUUUGAUGUUGAAAGUUGCCUUCAGUCAUUUGUUGGAGUAGCCAAGGAUCCACGUGCUAUUAUAAUUGCAUUCAGAGGAACACGGGGAAGUAGCAUACAGAACUGGAUAGAAGACUUAUUUUGGAAACAGCUAGAUUUAGAUUAUCCUGGAAUGCCGGGUGCAAAGGUACAUAGUGGAUUUUAUCGUGCUUAUCACUGUACAACAAUGCGCCCUGCAAUUUUAAAUGCAGUUAAAAGAGCAAAGGAAGUUUAUGGGGACCUUGACAUCAUUGUGACAGGCCAUUCAAUGGGGGGAGCAAUGGCCGCUUUUUGUGCUUUUGAUCUUAUAGUUAAUAAUAAAGCCUCAAACGUUCAAGUUAUCACAUUCGGCCAACCUCGCAUUGGCAAUGCAGCUUUUGCAUCUCACUACAGCAAACAUUUGCCGAAUACUAUUCGAGUCACAAAUGGACAUGAUAUGGUGCCCCAUUUGCCUCCCUACUUUUUCAUUUUCCCUCGAAGAACAUAUCACCACUUCCCAAGAGAGGUAUGGCUUCAGGGUACUUCAUCGAAAUGUUUUGCCUCCUACACUGAGAUUGUCUGUGAUGAUUCUGGCGAAGAUCUAACUUGUAGCAGGUAAAUCUCAGCGUUUGUUGUUAAUAUAGUAGUAAAAGUUGCACACUUAACUAGCUAUUCUUUCAGCGUUUGGUUUUAUUUCCGGGUGCAAGGUGGUCCCUUCACUUAGACAAACUCAGUUGAAUUAAUGAUCUGAAAAUCCUAGUGAAUUGGAACUAACAACCAUUUGAGUAUGUGAAUUCCUAAUUCACAAUCCUAAUUCACAAACACUAGUUCGAUUUCAACUCUAAGGUUUAGGUUAGACAUGGGUUACUUUAAGAUCAAACCUCUUGAGACAAAGAACAACUUCCUUAGGAGUCGAACACUUUGAAGAUAGAGUGAUCAAUCCCACUUUGAUGUUCUUGACGUGCAACUCAAAGAAACAUUAAUUGCAAAAGUUUAAGAAGCUAUUGGCUAACUUGAAAGGAAAAACUCAAUGACUAAAAUCUAUUCAACCUCAUGGCAAGAUUUCAGCUAGCCUCCCAACUAAACUCUGGAUAUCACAUCGUAAGGGUACAAUUGGAAAGUAAUAAAAUUACAUAAAAGAACUCUUAAAUAAAAAUAUAUUAUAAUUUGAAGUUCUAGGCAGUUCAUAUCCAUUGGUUUUGUUAAAUUUUUUGGAUUAAAAUACCUUCUCUGUGUAAAGUUCUAUAUCCAUCCUCCCUGAUUUGUCUUGAUACUGAUGAAAUCUGCUG